UGCAGCAGGUGCGGGUGCAUGCUGAACUAACUGAAGUGCUUGUAAGUUUUUCUUGUUUUAUUUCUAUUUUCUGUUGUGAAGUCUUUGCCUUGAAUUGAGUUGAUCUUUCACUACGUACUAGUAUACGAUAUUCGGCGCUCUGAACAUCUACAAUGGCUCAAAGUGCUCCGUUCGAGCGGAAGAAAAUAUUUGUUGGUGGACUUUCUCACAGCAGUAACAAUGACUCUCUUAGAGCGUACUUUGAGCGUUUUGGAGAAGUUACAGAUGUUUUCAUGUCUAAAAAUGUGGAGACAGGAACUGCCCGUGGAUUUGCAUUCGUCUCGUUCGCAGAGGAUGAGACUAUAGAUAAGCUGAUUGCUGCUGCUCCUCAUAAUGUGGAUGGCAAGGUUGUGGACGCCAAGAGGGCCACUAUUCGCACACCGCGGGGACCUGGUGGUCCUGGUGGCCCUAGUGGUCCUGGUGGGUUCCAACGUGGCCCACCCGGUCAGGGGCAGGGUCAGGGUCAGUUUGGUGGACACGGAGGCGGGUUCGGUGGUCCUGGUGCUGGCCCUCGACCCCAAGGACCUAAGAAGACCAACGAGAAGCAAGUGUUUGUGGGUGGUGUGCCCAAUGGCACCACAAAGGAAGAUUUACAGCAAUUCUUCAACCAGUAUGGCCCAGUGGAAAGUGCAGUCCUCAUGGUUGACCGGGAGACUGGACGUAGUAGAGGAUUUGGAUUUGUUAACUUCACGUUCAUGGAAACUGUGGACAAAGUAUUAGGAAUACAACAUUUUGAAUUGAAUGGCAAACCGGUGGAAGUAAAGAAAGCAGAGCGUCGCACUACUAAACCACCAGCUGGUCAGGGUGCACCUCCAUACAAUAUGGGACACGAUGCAUCGGGAAUGAUGGACCCGUCACAACAGCAGCAUCACCAGCAGCAGCAAUAUCACCAACAGCAAUGGAAUCAACAAGUGCCACAAGCUGGCCAUAUGCCAGAUCAGUAUCAGCAGCAGCAGCCACAACAAUACCCAGGAUAUGAUGCUUACGGUAAUCAGUAUCAGCAGCAGCAAUAUGGUGCUGCUAAUGGACAGUAUCAGCAGCAGCCACCCCAGCAGCAACAGCAGCAGCCAUCUCAGCAACAACAGCAGCAGCAGCAAGGUUACAACCCACAGGCACAGUAUGGGCAACAGCAAUAUAACCCUGUACCCACACAACAAGCUACACCGCAGGGACAGUAUGCGGGCCAGCAAGCUCAGGCUCCGGCCGCCCAACAGGCCUAUCAAGCAGCAGGUUAUGGAACAUCAGUGAACCCAGCUACUGUUGGUCAGGCAACGGCCAAUCAGAUGGUUGGAAACCCGAGUGAUCCAUACAACCAGGCUACUCAAGCUGCUGGUAAUGGUGUGCAAGGUACCGCUGUAGCUCAAGGUCAUUACGCUUACCAGGCGGCAGCUGGUUAUAACGCAGUACCUGCUCAGGCUGCGGCUGGUGCAGCUGCGUAUAAUGGUGCCGCUGCUCCUGCCCAAGGCGCGGCAGGCUAUGGUCAAAUGGCUGCUGCGGGCGCUACUGCGGGUAGCAAUACAGGCCAAUAUGCACAGGCUGCACCUGCUGCCGGUGCUCCUGCUGCACAUACUGCUGGUGUGCCAGCACAAGCAGGAGCUGCAGCCGCACCACAGUCCACAGGCGGCUAUCCUACUGCAGGCCACGCUGCCCAAGCUUCCAGUGGCGUGGCUGAUCCAUCGGCAGCAUCUGCUGCUUACAAUGCUCAGUGGAGCACAGCUGCUAACCCUGCUGCUGCUGCCGGCUAUCCCACACCCGCUGCUGCCGCUACUGGAUAUGCACCGCAGUGAUCACCUUUAUUCUGGGCCUAGUGGCUUGUGCAUAGUGUGUGUGUGUUUGUACAGACAUUAGGUGCAGGCGUAUUCAUUUGAAUUUGCACUUGAGACGAAAUCAUUCAGCAUCAACACCCUCCUCUGCUGCCUGCAUUGACAUAUGUACAUGGUGUGUGCGUAUUCCCUCAGUGCUCUUCUGCUUCCAUGUGCUCUCUCCCCUUUCUUUCUCUCUCUCUCUCUCUCUCUCUCUCUCUCUCUCUCUCUCUCUUCCCCCCCCCCCCUUGUUUCGAAUCCUGCCUCCAUGUACUCGUCCCUCUCUCCAAUCCUGCCUCCCAUGUUCUUCCCUGUCUCGAACCCUGCCUCCGUGUCAUUGUAGCACAUCACCCUCCUCUGUGCGUGUACAUUACUCCGUCUUGUAAAUUUCAAUGAAGCCUUUUGACGCUGGUCUUAAUAUAUCGCCAAUCUUGUGUACCACUGGCUACUAGUUUUAGAUUUAGUAUCAGCUUUUUUCUCAUUCAGUUUCAGUCCUUACCGAACAAGCUGCUUUCGCCAUGCCUCACGUUAUUCCUUCAUGUCUGCACUAACCAAUUCUGUGCGAGGCCUGCACUUUUGUGAAAAGAAUUGUACAUUGACCCAUCCGUCACAUGCUGCAGGUUUUGCUCCCGUCUUGGCUGUGCUUUUGUUUUUUGGCGCACUGUAUUCUUUGCUUUCUUAGAAGCUUGCUUUGACUCUGUGUGCUUCGUUUAAGAUUAAAUAAAAAAAUAAGUUCUUGCUAUGUUGCUAGACUCCAGA